GUAUUUUCAAGCACACACUCUCCAUCUCCAAAGCUCUGCUGUCUGACCUGGUUUCAGAGAGAGAUCGUCCUUUAGUCAUGGGACGCUUCAAUGCAGCCUCGAGCGUGGGCUUCAUCCUGGGGCCUGUUGUUGGUGGCUACCUUGCAGAGCUAGAAGGUGGCUUUUACCAAACGUCCUUCAUCUGUGCCUCAAUCUUCCUUCUGAAUGGUGGUCUUGUUUGGAUGUUACCCUGGAGUGAAGAACACACCGGCAAUAGGCAACAUCACCAAGACAAAGGAAAAAACAGUUUCUCAGCACAAAAAAGUCAUGACCUGCACUUGAAAUCAGCAAGUGAUGGAGCUGUGGCAAGCACUAGUCUUUUCCAGUCUCUGUGGAGCCAAGUUGCAACAGUGCUGAAGAGGAUCAAAGGAAUUGCCUGCUCUAAUUUGUGGGAUAUAUUUUUAGUGAGGUUGCUGAUGUCUGUUGCUAUUCUGCUGUACCAUAGUAAUUUUACACUGGCCUUGGAGGAAAGAUUUGGGGUGAAACCCUUGUUUGCUGGAUACCUGAUGAGUUACAGCAGUGCACUUGGAGUCCUGGCUGGGUGUCUGCUUGGACCAAUAACAAGACUCUAUGGGCACAACACUUACAGACUUUUGUUGCACUCCAGCACUUUUACCUGCACUCUGAUCCUCCUGUACACGUCAGCCCUGAGCAUAUGGAUGGUCAUUUUGUCUUCCACCUUCUUAGCCUUUUCAACUACUAUUGGUCGUACUUGUAUCAUUGAUCUUGAGCUGACCAUUGGUGGGAAUGAGGCCAGUGGUACUCUCCUAGGUGUUGGACAGUCUGUGACAUCAGUGGGACGGAUACUUGCCCCACUCCUUUCUGGAAUUGCUCAGGAGUUCAGUCCUUGUGGCCCUCCAAGUCUAGCUGUUGGACUAGCUUUAGGUGCUAUUUUGAUAAUGAAUGCAAACAAACAGAAAUAUUGUAGUCAUGGAAAUGUGAAGUUAAAAAGUCAGUAGCCACAAUGGUGGAUUGUAUAGAUGUAUCUUCACCUGCCAAGCUUAUACAGUA